GUUUGUCUUUCACUGUCUCCAAAUUCUCUUAAGGUAUAUAUCUACACCUCUUCAAAACCUUUAUGUUUUUCAGAUUUUGGUUUUGCUUUGUUUUUUUUUCUUCAGAUUUCUCUUAGGUUGGUGCAAUGGAGAUUCUUGUCAAGACGGUGAAGGGGAAGACCAUAAACCUAGAGGUUGAUGACAGCUCCGAGACAAUUGACAUCAAGAUCUAUGGAGAGCCGAUCAGCCAAGUGGUUAUGCAUUUGGCUCCGGGUUCGGCUCCUGUUCAAUGUGCAGCCAUAAAGAUUUUUGUGUCGACGCUUAAGGGGAAAACAUUCAACCUAGAGGUGAAGGGAUCCGAGACCAUUAAACAAGUCAAGAACAUGAUCCAUGAUCAGGGUGGUCCACCAGUGGGCAAGCAGACUCUGCUAUUACAAGGCGUGCGGCUUGCAGACUCUCGCACUAUAGCUCACUACAAUAUCAAGACCGGCGCCAACCUUGUCGUUAUGUCCGAACUUUGCGGUUGCUAAAAUGUCUUUGUUUGUUUUCCAAAGUUUAACUUUAACUAUUUUUUGUUGUCUGUCUGUUUAAAAUGGAAAAUUUGAAUCUCAGUGUUAGGUUUGUUGAAAACAAUAUUUUCUGUAAUUUUAAGAUUUGUGUUAGGUUAUACAAUGUGUAUUGUCAUUUUAGUUGGUAGUCCGAUAAAUAUCUGAUAAUUAUUCUUUGGAUUA